CAAUACAGUUAAUGCGGCCCCGUUUGAUAAAGGAAGCAGACAGGAAGAAAUGGUAACACGAUGUAUCGUAGAAGUCCUGUCCAAUGCUUUAGCUAAACCUAAUGCACCGCCCAUUGACCCAGAAUGUAAGGAAAUCCUUAAAAAAAGCAGCAGACACAACCAGGAUGAAGAAGAGGGUGAGCUGAAACAGGACGAAACAAGAACUAUAAAGGACCCUGGAACCCUAGAACAUCACCAACAUGAUAGCAAAGAAGAAGCUAGAGAGAGUCCAGAUUUACAAAAAGAAUAUGAAGAGAAGCGCCAUCAUGCAGAAACUGAAAACAGAGAGGACGAGGAGGAAAAAGUAAAAGAAACAGAACAAUUUGAUGAAAAAGAGGAAAGCACAGGGCAUUCUAAAGAAAGAUCCUUUGCUGAGGAUGAUGACAAAGAAAGAGGAGAUCACAAAGACCAUUACGAGAAAGAAGAUAUAGAAAAAAUAAAUAAAUACCAUGACUCACAAGAACAUGACAUUUUUGGCAACAGAGCUUAUCACACAGCUAAACAUACAGAGGCAUUCCCUGAAGAAGACAAUGAGGAGGAUGCCAAGAACUUAGAAGAAAUUAUAAAGAGACACCCUCUAAACAUAAACUGGAAGAAACUUUUGCAGCCAGAGAAAUUCCAUUCCACUCACUCCAGUGAAGUGCCAGAAGAAAAUGAUGAAUGGGAAGAAGAAAAAGAAAAAAGAAGCUUUAAACCAAAUCAUGAAGAGCUUAGACAGAGACUCUUUGGUUAUGAGGAAAAGCGAAGUCAUCACGAAGAACCAAGAAAUCACCUAACAGAGGAAAAGACAUCAUACUCUAAGGGACAAAGGCCACACUUAGGAGAAACUUCCUUGGAAAACCGCAUGAUUAAAAAUUAUUUUGACAAGAGGUCCCAUCAUGACAAAGAAAGUUCAGAAGAAGUUAGAGAGAAGAAACACCACCACCAAGGCAGCGAGGAAGAGAUAGAACACCAUGACAGCAGUGAAGAAAGCAAUGAAAAAGAACUGACUGGUCAACACUAUGAAGAAAAAAGGCGACAUGAAGAAAGAAAGAGGUGGCCAAGUCAACAGAAUUCCAGACUAAAUUACGAAGAAAGCAAUGAGGAUAGUGAAGAGAGCAAUGAAAAUAUUGAUAAGCGUCAUGAGCAUGAACAAGAAAAAGAAAAUUUGUAUAAAAAACUAAAACAUCAUCUCCAGGAGAGUGACGAGGAUGAACCAUUUAAACAAGACAAGAAACAAGAUGAAAAAAGGUACUACAUUGGUGAAGAAAUGGUGGAUGGGAUGAAAAGAUAUUAUCCAAAUUUGUCUCAAGAGAAAGGCUUAAGACAAUAUGAGGAAAAUAAAAAUCAUUAUAGAGAAGACAGUGAGGAGUCAAAUCUCCCAGACAAUGACAUGUACAAACAAAACUAUGCUAAAGAAGAGAGAAGGUCUGUUGAUAAACACAGACUCCCCAAUGAUCCUCUGAAAUGGCAAAGCAGAUACUUUGAGAACGCUGACCACAGUGAAGAAGACAGGAAGAGAAGCUUACAGGUCAAAAACAUGUUUCCAGACUAUGGCGACUACGAUUUAUGGGGAAAAAGGCAACUUGUUGAAGAUGUGAACCAUCAGUAUGGUGGUAAUAGAAGCCCUGCUAAAACGCACAAAUUUGAAGAAAAAAGAGAGUAUGACAGGAUGGAUGAAUUGGCUCAGCUGCUAAAUUACAAGAAAAAGUCUGUUGAGUUUCCUGAGUUCUACGACUCCGAAGAGGUAAAAAAGCGUCACUAUGAUGAGAGAGGGAGAUUUAGAGAGAGACCUUUAACUGAAGAAGAGGAGAAAGAAUUAGAGAACCUGGCAAUUAUGGACCUGGAGUUGCAGAAAAUUGCUGAAAAGCUAAGCAAUAACAGACAAGGCUGAGACACAAAGGACUGCAAUACCUGUAGCUGAACGCUAUACUAUAUUUAGCUCAAACAUUCCUACAUUUCUUGCCACUGCCUCUUCAAAAAAGAAAAAUGUUGUUUAACCAAGAAAAAAGUCAUCGUUCACAAAUAGCAUUUUACACUGUCAGAAAUGUACGAUACAACUUUUGCUGUUGAUAGAAAAAACAAAUAACAUAUAUUCAUACACAUAGAAGGGACAUUUUAUUAUGCUUGUGGAUAUGUUUUAUGUGUAAUUGUACUUUAAUACAUCUAUGUUCUGAGAUUUGAAAUAAUAAAAGCAAACUGAAUCUUGCAUUGGA